AUGCAAGGGCUUCUUAAGGGGAUCAUCAUAGCACUGGCUGCGUGGGCUAACUGCUCAGCCGCCAGAAGCAUCCAGCAGCAACAGCCUUCAACUAGCGAUGUUACGCCUGUGAAUAUAUGCCCCAGAGCAAUGGAUAAUUGGGUAGACGAUAUCAAAACGGAACUCGUCCCGAAGCUGUCGCCAGAGGCGAAGGUCUAUCUCCCUGGCUCUGGCGACUUUGACACUGCCACAGCUCGCUGGUCUGCCCUUGGAGCACCUGUCGUUAACGCUGCCAUUUCGGCAGCCGUUGCUCAAGAUGUCGUUGAAACGGUCAAAUUCGCAAAUAGGAAGGGUGUUAAGUUCCUAGCUUACAACUCUGCCCAUGGCGCCCUCACCUCCUUGGGCAAGGUAGACAGUGGCAUCGAGAUAUUCAUGAAACAGCUCAACAGUGUCGAAAUCGCCCAGGAUGGUAAAUCAGUCAAGGUUGGAGGUGGAAUAAACUCCAAAUACCUCGUCGACACUCUCUGGGAUGCUAAGAAACAGGCCGCUCUUGGGGGCGGCCACGGCUGGCUCCAGGGUCACCAUGGUCUCAUUGCCGACCAGUUCCUAUCGAUGGACGUUGUUCUUGCUGAUGGCACCCUCAAGACCAUCGACAGUAACUCCGAUCUCUUCUGGGCGAUGAACGGUGCCGGCCAUAACUUUGGCAUUGUCACCUCCGUCACUCUCAAGAUCUACGAUAUCGAACACACAGACUGGGCUAUCGAGACCCUGACUUUCUCUGGUGAUAAGGUCGUGCCUGUCUAUACGGCUGCCAACAACCUCUUGAAAAAUCAGCCAGAAGGUGUAAUCCACUGGUCGUACUGGCUCAACAACCCCAGUGCCGAUGCUAACAAUCCCGUUAUAAUUGUCUACCUGAUCCAAGAGGGUGUCAAACAAGUCGAUCCGGCCAUCACCGGCCCAUUCCAUGACAUUGGUGCCCUCAGCGUUCAGCCCGAUUCGGGUACCUACAAGGACUUAGGCAGAUGGACUGGCAUCGCCCUUGACUCACCACCAUGCCAGAAGACCGGUGCCUCCAACCCUCGCUUCCCUAUCUACCUAGAGUCCUUCAAUGUACCGGCCAUGCAACAAGCUUACAAGCUGUAUGCCUCUCAGGCCAAUGUCUCUGGACCAUUCCACAACUCCAUCUUCAUGUUCGAAGGGUACUCUACCCAGGGUGUCAAGGCCGUCGACCCCAAGAGCGCCGCGUACGCCUUUAGGUCAGACAACUUCCUUGCCGCUCCGCUCAUCAGCUACGAAUCCACCGGCUCUGAUCUCGACCAGAAGGCCAUUGAUCUUGGCCAACAGCUGCGUCAGAUCCUUCUCAAGGGCAGCGGUCGCUCGGAGCUCCACACAUAUGUCAACUACGCUUUUGGUACCGAGACUCCUCAACAAUGCUACGGCUACGAGCAAUGGCGUCAGGACAAGCUCAAGGCGCUGAAGCAGAAGUAUGACCCCGAUGGGAAAUUCAGCUUCUAUGCGCCGAUUGUAUGA